UUGACGUUGUCGAGUACUCUCGGCAUGCGUGCUGCAUACGACUGCCUUGCUAUAAAACCUGAAGUCAGAGAGGGAGCGGCCGACCAAUAACAACGUCAACCUCAUAGCACCCCAAUCAUAUCAUGUCCAACACUCAACCCAAGUUUCGCGUCGCCAUCUGCGGUGCUGGCAUCGGCGGCCUCUUCCUUGCCACAGUCAUUGCCAAGUUCUCGUCCAACAUCAAGAUCGACGUUUACGAAGCCCACGACGCCGUGACCACCGCCGGCGCUGGCAUCUCCUUCCGCCCGCGCACGAUGAGAAUCGCAAAGGAGCUGGGUAUCUAUGAUGAUGUCGUCGCGGUCUCCACCUUCCCCCCGGAGCGAGACACACCGAGCCCCAUAUUCCGUGUCUCAGAUAUCAAGGAAGGCGGUUAUGAAUGGUUUGGAGAGAAAGCAAGAGACAGUGCACCAGCGAGCAUGCAUCGCAUGGACUUUGUCCGCGUGAUCCAGAACCACCUGCCUAAGAGCUGCAACGUCCAUCUCCAGAAGCGUGUUCAGAGCUAUGCCGAAGCUGACAGCGGGGAGAUCACGAUUCACUUUGCCGACAGGACGACCGCGACCACUGAUGUGCUUGUUGGUGCCGAUGGUCUGCGCUCGAAGACGCGUCGCUGCAUGUUCGAGACAGCGGCCAAGGUCGAGCCGCCCCCGUUCGACCGCUCACAGCUCUCCAAGUACACCGACACGAGCUACUCGGGGUACUCGAUCUACCGGGACCUCAUACCCAUGAAUAAGCUGCUGGCGCACUAUCCUGACCACCCAGUCAAAAGUGCGAUGUAUAUCCUAACGACCAUCGCCCUUGUGCUCCAGUUAUGCGGCAAAGGCAAACACCUCGUUGGGUACACCAUCAACGGCGGAGCGAUGCUCAACUUCGCCGCCGUCACGUACGACCCGGCCCUCGAAGGGACCGACUACCCCGGACCCGACACGCGCUGGGUAGAGGACAGGCCCAAGCAGGAGAUGCUCGACCUCUUUGACGACUACGAGCCCAUGGGCCGCGCGUGGCUCGACCUGUCCGCGACGCCGAGCAGAUGGGCGAUCCACGUCGUGGGCAAGCUGCCCUUCUGGACGCGCGGGCGCGUCGCGAUCAUCGGUGACGCCGCCCACGCAGCAACACCCCACCUCGGCGCCGGCGCCGGCGCAGCCAUCGAGGACGCCUGGCUCCUCGGGCGCUUGCUCGCGCACCCGCGCACGGCGCUCGCGGACGUCCCACGGGCGCUCGCGAUUUUCGAAGGCAUCUGCAAGCCCAACGCAGAGCGCGUGGCUGACAAGAGCAUGGAGAAUGGGAAGCUGUACGAUUUCUACACCGAGGACCCGCUUCUCCAGCCGGGCGAGGACGAACGCAGCCCGGCGGCGCUCGAGCGCCGGAGGGAGAAACUUGUUAAUGCGCGGCAAGCGAUUGUUGAUGCGGAGGACCCGCUGAAGCAGUGGGAGAGGGCGGAGGGCUUGUUGUUACAGGCUUGAAAGCUUGAGGAUCGUAUCUUCUUUCUGAGACCAUGUAGUGGCAGGUUGACUCUUGCAUGUAUGAUCGAAAACUCUUUCCAGACAAUAUCU